GCAUGCCUUUCGGCUGCAGACACAUGUCGGUCCAGCAGCAGCAGCAGCAGAGACAUGUCUGCGUUCAUGGACCUGAAUGUGAUGUUCUCGGCGGACAGGAGCCGCAUGCAGAGAGUCGUAGAGACGGCCGCUCACCUUGGUUUCUCCACCAUUGCCAUCAACUACGUCUUCACACCUUUGACAAAGAAGAAACAGGAGGUCCCCACCCCAACACCGAUCAACGAGCUGAUUGAUCCGCUGCCUGUGGUGCAAGGUCGCUCUCGUCCAAUCAGAGUGCUGAACAGGCUGACGGUGGUGAUGUCAGACUCCAGUCAUUAUAGGCCGAACACUCCAGAGUAUCGACGCUUCGACCUCCUCGCCGUCCAGCCGACCACAGAGAAGCUCUUCCAUGCGUGCUGUAUGCUGUACGACAUCGACAUCAUCUGCAUCUUCGUUACGGAGAAACUUCCCUUCUUCUUCAAGAGGGCGCCGGUCAACGGGGCCGUGGAGCGAGGCGUGGUGUUCGAGGUGUCGUACUCUGCAGCCAUCAGAGAUUCCACCAUGAGGCGCUACACCAUCGCCAACGCCGUCAGCCUGAUGGAGACCUGCAAAGGAAAGAACGUGAUCCUGUCCAGCGCCGCUGAGAAGGCUCUGGAGCUCCGAGGACCGUAUGACGUCGCCAACCUAGGUCUGCUGUUCGGGAUGUCGGACGGAGACGCCAAAGAAGCCGUUUCCUGCACCUGCAGAGCUGCUUUACUGCACGGGGAAACCAGGAAGACGGCCAGCGGCAUCGUGUACACCAUGAAGAGCCAGCAGGAGGCGCCGCAGGACUCCGAACGCUGUGACGCUCCGGCAGCAAAGAAGGCCAAACCCACAUGACCUGAUUGACAGCUGAGGAGACGGGACACACUCUGAUUUCUUCUUCUUCUGGUUCAUUACUUUCGAGCCGCUCUGUCCCUCUUCAAAAGCAGCAGAGACUCUUUGAAGUGUUGAUCUCUUGAAUUCUGGGAAGGAUUCUUGGAUCAAUAAAUUUGUUUUCCAAUA